AUGCGGACUAAGGUUGCAGGGCUCUGGGAUCGCUGUAUUCGGUCUGAGGAGCUUGAUCUCUGCACGGACCCGCUCCCUCAGACUGAAUACAGUGAUCUGUGCAUGGCCCCGCCCACCCUGCUUGAACACAGUAAUCUGUUCAUGGCCCCGCCCACCCUGAUUGAACACAGUGAUCUGUUCAUGGCCCCGCACACCCUGAUCGAACACAGUGAUCUGUUCAUGGCCCCGCCCACCCUGAUUGAACACAGUGAUCUGUUCAUGGCCCCGCCCCCUCAGACUGAAUACAGUGAUUUGUGUAUGGCCCCGCCCCCUCAGACUGAACAAAGUGAUCUGUGCAUGGCCCCACCCACCCUGAUUGAACACAGUGAUCUGUUCAUGGCCCCGCACCCUCAGACUGGACACAGUGAUCUGUGCAUGGCCCCGCCCCCUCAGACUGAACAAAGUGAUCUGUGCAUAGCCCCGCCCACCCUGAUUGAACACAGUGAUCUGUUCAUGGCCCCGCUCCCUUAG